UGUCGGACAUGUUUAGGUGACGUGUGCAGGAUCGGUUCCUCUUCGGCAUGAAGCUCAGCCGACUUGUAUACCGUUCACUGCGGACAGUUAUCAGAUCCACCUACCACUAUUUCAAUAUAUUGACAAAUAAACUAUCCAGUGAGCUAACUAGAAAAGCCAGCCAAACAUGGGGACACGAUCGGCAAGAGUCCGGUACCGUGAGCCACCAGCCCGCCGCCGGCCCCGAGAGAACACUAGAACUUCCGGCAAUAUUCUCGUUUCUUAUGCUGCUGGCAAUGUUGUCAACUGUGUCGUUAUGGUUAUCUGUGAGCACUCUCUAUGAUGGUACAGAGCACGAUGGAGGCGAGUCCGUGGUUAGUCAGUUGUUGGCCAGGAUACGUACAAGCAUUGAUACAGCAUCUGAUCCUUCAAGGAGAGUGUCCAUUCUCGAUCCAGAUCUGAGAUAUGGAAAGGCAGACGAACUUUGCGAAGAAAACGAUUUCGCCGGCACAGAGGGUAAUGUAACACUUUAUAUGAACUGGACAGAGCUUUAUCACGUCGAGGAGCAGAUCUUAACAAGAUCAACACAGUCAAUAAGAAAGUUUCUACACGCAGACAACGCAAUGGUGAAAAAUCUGUACUUUUCUGCAAGUCAUAAAGAUUCGCAACGCAAAAAGUCAAUUAGGACACCCGUCGACGUGGUUCUCUCCCAAGCGACAGUGGUUGACGAUGAUUAUUAUUAUUUAUCAGGAGGGCACUGGAUACCAGCCAAUUGCCAUCCACGAUGGAAGGUGGCACUUAUUGUUCCAUUUCGAGACAGAUGGUUCCAGCUCCCGAUUUUCCUCAGAAAUAUUGUGCCGUUUCUCAAGAGGCAAAACCUCGAGUUCGGUAUCUACGUUAUUGAACAGGCAAACGAUCUACAAUUCAACCGAGCAAUGUUGAUGAAUGUUGGUUUUCAGCAAGCUCUUAAUUUCACCAAGUGGGAUUGUUUCAUCUUCCACGAUGUGGAUCAUCUUCCACUCAAUGAUGCUAACUACUAUGGUUGUAGUCACAUGCCGAGGCAUUUCAUCUCUGGUGCUGACAGAUGGGAUUAUAGGUUGCAGUACAGCAUGUUCUUCGGUGCAAUAACUGGGUUUACUCGACACCAGAUUAUCAAGUUUAACGGUUUUCCCAACGUGUACUUUGGUUGGGGAGGCGAGGAUGACGAUAUCCUGAUUCGUAUUAAGUCCCAAGGAUUCUUCAAGACACGACCUUGGGGAGUGACGGGCUUCUACAAUGUCAUCUCUGAACACCACAAGAGUGCUCCUAGGAACACGAAAAGGGUCUGUCUGCUUGAUUACGCCCAUCAGAGACUUACAACCGAUGGGCUUUCCAAUUUAGUUUAUCCACCGGUCAAAGUACUAUUAGAGCCCCUCUACACAAUGAUCUCCGUUAACAUCACUGACGUGGAUUGGAAUCCCUCAUGGACUAUGUGCUCAAAAGAUUACAAGAGACCCAAGAAAGAAGAGGCAUAAUGCUUAGUAUCCAGACUUCUGCAAAGAUGAUAUUGUGUGGCAAAAUGUCUUAAGGAAUCUCGCCUACUGUAUACAGGAGAGACAUAAGAAAGAAAGAAAAUAGAUUUAUGAAGUCUAAGUUAUUAGAUUUUUAUCGCCUAUUAUAUUAUCUGCACGAGAGACAUUAUUGGAAGAAAGACAGAAUAGAUUUAUAAUAUGUUCUGCAUGAUGAUAAGAAUGUGAAGUUCUCAACCAGAUUUCGCGAGUUUGGGUCAUUUUUUUGCAUUUUCUGUUUCAUACUGACCCAAGCGUGAUGAGAAACAUAUUCUGUCUGGACUAUGUUUGUAUACACUGCCACCUUGGUCUGAGUGUGCCUUUUUUUAAAGAGUGAAGAAAUCCUUGGCUGAACAUUGCUUGGAGACAAAUUCGGAACAAUGUGUUGACUUCGCGAAAUGAGCUUUCGAAUAAUAAGUCAACUUGAAACUGUGGCACAUCAAAGUGCCAUAAACGAGGCUGACGUCGAAAUCAACUGGUACCAUUUGGCGACUGGGUUACCAUGGAGACUGUCGCAAACAAUCAAAAUUGAAUCAAUCGAAUAUUUGUUAGCCUCUCUUGUGUUUUCGUUGUCGCAACCAAAGACGAUUCUAUGAAACCACUUUUUUUU